UUCAUUGGGUAUGAAAGCUAUCCUCAUUUCCCUAUGGCCCUUCUUCUUUCUCACUGUCUCCACCCUCCAAACCCUCCCCAAAACCCCACCUCCGCCUUCCCCCGGCAGGCCGCCGUCGGCUUUCCCGAGUCUACAGCUUUGAAUCCCCAAUCCAAGAGACAUUUCAUCCUCAAAACAGCUUCGCUCUGUCUAAUCUCGUUGAUCCCCAAAUGCCCAGUUGCCCGAUCCUCUGAAACUUCGCCAAAUUCGAAACCGGGACUUCCUGGAAUAGCCAACACAAAGUCUUGGUUUCAGUUCUAUGGCGAUGGGUUUUCCAUUCGGGUGCCGCCUCAGUUUGAAGACCUCACGGAGCCUGAGGAUUACAGUGCUGGACUAUCUCUUUAUGGAGAUAAGGCAAAAACAAAAACCUUUGCAGCCCGGUUUGAAUCUCCUGAUGGCUCUGAAGUUGUAAGUGUUGUCACUCGUCCGACGAAUCAACUUAAGAUCACCUUUCUAGAGGCGAAAGAUAUAUCUGAUAUAGGUUCCUUAAGGGAAGCUGCAAAAAUCUUUGUUCCAGGUGGCGCAACUUUGUUUUCCGCCCGAACAUUUAAAAUUAAGGAAGAUGAAGGUUUCAGGACUUAUUAUUUCUACGAGUUUGGGAAGGGCGAACAACACGUUGCAUUAGUAGCAACUGUCAACAGUGGACAGGCGUUUGUUGCUGGAGCAACUGCACCACGGUCGAAAUGGGAUGAAGAUGGCAUAAAACUCCGUUCUGCUGCCAUAUCUCUAACAGUGCUAUAAUCAUUUCUUAAUAUAGUUCAUUUCAUUACCUUGUGAGUACUCCACUAAGCUUAAACUUCAUAAAUUAGAUAGCAGGUCAAUUUUGGUUAAAUUAUGUAUUUGUUUAUAGUGUCUAUUAGUCAAUAAACUUUUUUUUAAUUGUCUAUGUUCCUAAACUAUAGUAUUAACAAAAUGCUAUCUACAAGAUUAAUUCGGAUUCA